GCAAGCACGGACGGACGGCUUGCUGUCGAGCGCAGGAACCUGUCAGUGCCCCCAGUCCAGUCCAGAAGAGAGGAAGACGAGUACCUAGAGUAGGUAUGUUUGUACUGUGGUACAUAUGACCAAGUCCCUUCCUCCAGGUAUGACGACCAGGAAGCUCUCACUUCGAGUUAACGCCCGCGAGAGCACCAACCUUGUCUCAGUCAGCAGCAAGGCUUAAGCAAAAUAACUUGUCCUCCAUCAAAACUCUGUCUCGUCGCCCGCGGCUUGAACCUGUCUCGCACCUUCCAAAACAAUCUUGUUCAACCCGGGCACUAACCCACUGGCUGUGUAUACCCUGUCCAUUAUCUCUCUGUCAAUAUUAGCUCCCCCGAGAGCACCGUCCUUGCGAGCCUGCGAGCUUGGGACCCCGGGACCCAAGCAUCCACUCCCACCCAGCAUAUCCCGUCCCCGUUCUACCAAGCCGCACUGUCAACCGCCAGCACCAUCCAGCGCCAACGUUUUAGCUACCGACCUGUCUCAUAAGCCUCGUCAAGCUCAAGCCCUGCUUGGCGCCGCGUCACGGUCAUUGUCAACCGUCUUCCCUAUUUCCCCAAGCUCCAGUCCGGCAGGUGGCCCGCCCUUUGCUCCCAACACAUGAGUAAUCGGCUUCGAUCAGCACUGCCCAUGACAUGCCCCCUACCCCCCCAACUCUAAACUUACAUGAGUAUCCACAUAUCCUGACUAUUGGAUUCCACCCCUGGCACUGAGGUCGGGCAUUGAGCUUGCCGAUAUAUCAUUCACACUUAUAUAUCAUCACUUCGUUCGCCUCUCCCAUCAUUCUUCAUUGGAGUUUCAGGAGCCGUGCCAGACAUCUCACGACACCUGCCAUCCUCACCCCAAGCCACUAGGGCACCAACAUAUAUCGUCUUCACCAACAAGGCGCCUACGCCGAGUAGUGCAUCUCACAUCACCAUGCCGGCAUUUUCAGGGCUCGCAGCUGCGGCUGCCGUACUGUCAGCAGUCGCGACCACAGCAAGCGCGGCAGCAGUCAGCCACUGCGCCUCGGACAUCUGUUACCAAGUGGGCGUCCCAAGCGCAACGGCCUCUUCUGGUAGCGGCAACAUCUACUUCCAGAUCUCGGCACCCACGUCGUACCAAUGGGUGGCCCUGGGCAGCGGCUCGCAGAUGCGGGGGGCCAACAUCUUCAUCAUGUACCAGGACGGCAACGGCAACGUGACCGUCUCGCCCAGGUCCGGCACUGGCCACCAGGAGCCCGAGUACGACGCAGCCACCGCCUCGCAGAUCACCCUCCUGGAGGGCAGCGGCGUCAGCGGUGACAAGAUGGUCGCCAACGUGCAGUGCGCCAACUGCCAGUCGUGGUCGGGCGGCUCCCUGAACGUUGCCAGCUCCAGCUCGUCGUGGAUUGGGGCCUGGAAGCAGGGGGACUCGCUCCAGUCGACCAGCGCGUCCCAAUCCAUCUCGCAACAUGAUGAUCACGCGCAAUUCAGCCUGGACCUGUCUCAGGCGAGCAUCGAGUCGGACAGUAACCCCUUCGUCGGCGCCGCGGCCACCGCGCCCGCCCCCUCGUCGGGGUCGUCGGGAUCGUCAGGUUCCAGCUCCAGCGGAUCGACGUCGGUGAGGCCUAGUCAGACCGUCAUUUAUGCCCACGGCCUCGGGAUGGCCAUUGUUUUCGCAAUUCUGUAUCCUCUGGGCUCUGCCGUCAUGCCUCUGUUUGGAAAGUGGUACAUCCAUAGUGCCUGGCAGAUGCUCAGCUGGCUGCUGAUGUGGGCUUUCUUUGGCCUCGGCAUAUACGGCGCACGGCAGCGAAAUAUGCUCUUCGAAAACACACACGUCAAGCUCGGUACUGUCGUGGUCUGCGUCCUCGUGAUCCAGCCCGGUCUCGGCUUCAUCCACCACUCGCAGUUCGCCAAGACUGGUAGCCGCGGAAUGUUCAGCCACGCCCACAUCUGGUGGGGACGGAUCUGGCUGAUCCUGGGCGUCAUCAACGGUGGCCUGGGGCUACAGCUGUCCGGCGCCAGCAACGGCUUGAUCAUUGCCUACUCCGUUAUCGCGGCGAUCAUGUACCUGGUGUACGCGGUCGUCAAGUCACUUGUCUCGUUCCGCUCCAGGGGUAGAAGGUCCAACGGCAGCCUGGAAGGGCGUAAGGUGUCCGGCGCCGGGUCAGGAUAUGCUGAGCACGGGGAGGAUGUGAACCUCAACAAUUAUCCGAAUCACCAGUACAUUCAGCAUGGGAAAUAAGAGAAGGCAGGGAAACAUUGAUUGAGGCAAGGUAAUGGAAAUUGGCGAAACUGUUUAAUGAAGGGCUCCGUAAUAGAAAAGGCCCUUGGCGCGCAACUGGACUGUAGAUAUUUGGUUUAAGGACAUCGCGAUACCCUCGUUUGAAUUGAAUUGAUGGCUUGAAAAUAUCGUGUCCACCGUCGUGCACCUUGAGAACUGUAUGUAAAAUUUUGGAGCGCAAAGACGCCUGGCAGACUGAGAAAGUGACGCUUGUCAAGACUGUGAGAAAUUGUCUGAGCAUCUACCACAACGGUGACGUAUGCCCGUGUGCACGUCGUUGUCGACUUGAGCAGACGGAAAGGCUUAGCUUGGAUCGAGCUAUGAGCUUGAGAGGAGGUCUAGAGAAGUAGUCUAGAUCGAAC